AGUUUGUCAAAGAAGUCGAUACAAGAAACACACGAGGAUUGGAAUUAGUAGUGAAAAGUGAUAAUAUUGCGGUGAACUAGAAUUAAAUAAAAUAUAAGUGUGUCGACUAACGCCCAAAAUGAGGUUAUAUUUGGGUUUCGGAGUGCUGCUUCUAUUAGCUGCCGUUUUGGGAGCGAAAGAAGAGAAAAAGGAUAAAGAAGAUGUUGGAACAGUUAUCGGAAUUGAUUUGGGAACAACAUAUUCAUGUGUGGGUGUAUACAAAAAUGGUAGAGUAGAAAUUAUCGCCAAUGACCAAGGUAACCGUAUCACUCCCUCUUAUGUUGCCUUCACUGCCGAUGGUGAGCGUCUUAUUGGAGAUGCUGCCAAGAAUCAACUUACAACAAACCCUGAAAACACUGUUUUUGAUGCCAAGCGUCUCAUUGGUCGUGACUUCACAGACUCUACAGUUCAACAUGACUUGAAGCUAUUCCCCUUCAAAGUCAUUGAAAAGAACCAGAAGCCACAUAUUCAAGUAGAAACCAGCCAGGGAACUAAGGUAUUUGCCCCUGAAGAAAUUUCAGCUAUGGUUUUGGGAAAAAUGAAAGAAACAGCAGAAGCGUACUUAGGCAAAAAGGUUACCCAUGCUGUUGUAACAGUUCCUGCUUAUUUCAAUGAUGCCCAACGUCAAGCCACCAAAGAUGCUGGUACCAUUGCUGGUCUUAAUGUCAUGAGAAUCAUCAAUGAACCUACUGCAGCUGCUAUUGCCUAUGGUCUUGAUAAAAAGGAAGGAGAAAAGAAUGUAUUAGUCUUUGAUUUGGGUGGUGGUACUUUUGAUGUUUCUCUUUUAACUAUUGACAAUGGAGUAUUCGAAGUAGUUGCUACCAAUGGAGACACUCACUUGGGUGGUGAAGAUUUUGAUCAAAGAGUUAUGGAUCAUUUCAUCAAGUUGUACAAGAAGAAGAAGGGUAAGGAUAUCAGAAAAGACAACAGAGCAGUCCAAAAAUUGAGAAGAGAAGUUGAAAAGGCCAAGAGAGCUUUGUCUUCCAGUCACCAAGUCAGGAUUGAAAUUGAAUCCUUCUUUGAAGGUGAUGAUUUCUCUGAAACUCUCACCAGAGCCAAAUUUGAAGAAUUAAAUAUGGAUCUUUUCCGCUCUACCAUGAAACCAGUACAAAAAGUAUUGGAAGAUGCUGACAUGAACAAGAAGGAUGUAGAUGAAAUUGUACUUGUAGGAGGUUCAACUCGUAUUCCCAAAGUACAACAAUUGGUGAAAGAAUUCUUUGGAGGCAAAGAACCUUCAAGAGGUAUCAACCCUGAUGAAGCUGUUGCUUAUGGUGCUGCUGUUCAAGCUGGUGUCCUCUCUGGAGAACAAGAUACUGAUGCCAUUGUACUAUUGGAUGUCAAUCCUUUGACCAUGGGAAUUGAAACUGUAGGAGGUGUCAUGACCAAGUUGAUCCCAAGAAACACUGUCAUUCCCACAAAGAAAUCUCAAAUAUUCUCUACUGCAUCUGACAACCAACACACUGUCACCAUCCAAGUAUAUGAAGGAGAACGUCCCAUGACCAAGGACAAUCACUUGUUAGGUAAAUUUGAUUUGACUGGUAUCCCACCAGCACCUAGAGGAGUACCACAGAUUGAAGUUACUUUCGAAAUUGAUGCCAAUGGUAUCUUACAAGUAUCUGCUGAAGAUAAAGGUAAGUUCUUGUUGAUUUUAUAUAGUUUUUUAAAGUGUGCUAAUAAAAACUGUGGGAUUAUUAAGAUAAGCAACCUAACUAAAUUGUUGUUAACCAGCUUUCUGGAAAUAAAAAUUGUACAAAAAAGUACUUGAGAUUAAUGGAAAUUAGAAAACAGACUAAAAUUAUUUUGAAAGCACAAGUGGAAAAAAUAACUUCAUAGUUCAAAUUAUUAUAUAUAUUGGACAUUUAUCAAGUUUAUAUAUUUUUUUAGGAACUGGAAACAGGGAAAAGAUUGUUAUCACAAAUGAUCAGAACAGAUUGACUCCUGAAGACAUUGACCGUAUGAUUCAUGAUGCUGAGAAAUUUGCUGAUGAAGACAAGAAACUUAAAGAAAGGGUAGAAGCUAGAAAUGAAUUGGAAAGCUAUGCUUAUUCGCUCAAGAACCAAAUUAAUGACAAAGACAAGUUGGGAGCUAAGUUAUCAGAUGAUGAAAAGACCAAAAUGGAAGAAGCUAUCGAUGAGAAGAUCAAAUGGUUAGAAGACAAUCAAGAUACAGAUUCAGAAGACUACAAGAAACAGAAGAAGGAAUUGGAAGAUGUUGUGCAGCCCAUCAUCGCUAAAUUGUACCAGAGCACAGGUGGUGCCCCACCUCCACCCACCAGCGAGGAUGAUGAUGAACUUAAAGAUGAAUUGUGAGGUGAAUUGUAGGCCAAAAAGACUGAAAAAACUUGUGUGGAUGCGUGAGAAUGCGGACGAUCGUGUGUUAUUUAAUUUCCGUGACUGUUAUUCCUCUUUUUGUAAUAGACUUUUUUGUAAAUUUUCCGGUUCACUCAUUGAAUGGGUGAAUUUAUUUAUUUAUUAUUUUGUGUGUUAGGUACAGGCGUAUGAUUGUGAUAUAUAUUUUUUGUAUUAAGUAGUAAAUGCAUUGUUUUUGUAUAUUGUACACCUGUAUUUGACUAUUCUCAAUUUUCCUGUAAUUUUUCAAUAAAAUUACUUG